AUGAGGGACUUAGAGAUAAAUGGUGACACAGCCCAUUUCUGCACAGACAACCAGUGUGUUUCCUUGCAUCCCCCAGAACUAAGCCCCACAUCAGUGGCAUCUGCAGCCCCCAGGAUGCCGAGACUUGUUCAGAUUGCCUUGGUGUGCAUGACUGGGAUUGUGAUCUCCUGUUUGAUAGCUCUCUUCGUGGUGGAUCACCAUUCCAUUGACGGGGUGGCAGGUGUGGAAGCUGCUAUCCUGACAUUCAAAGACCACAUGGAGAAUUCCAGUUCCUGGCACACAGAGAUCCAGAUGUUGAAGUGCAGAGUGGACAAUGUCAGUGCUCAAGUCCAAGUGCUCGAGGGUCAUCUGGGAAAUGCCAGUGCUGACAUCCAGAUGGCAAAAGGUGCUCUGAAGGAUGCUAGUGUCUGGAGUUUUCAGACACAGGUGCUAAGAAGUUCCUUGGAGGUGACUGAUGGGGAGAUCCAGAGGCUGAAAGGAGAUCUGGAAAAGGCAAAUUCUAUAACUUCUCAAAUGCAGAGUUUCUUAAAAAACAGCUCAGAGAGCACCAGCACUGAGCUCCACAUGUUGAGCAGAGACUUGAAGAGUGCCUAUGCUGAGAUUCAGACAUUGAAGGCUCAAUUGGAAGUGACAAAUGGCCAGGCCCAGUGGGCAAAUAGUAGUUUAGAGAAUGCAAAUGCUGAAAUCCAUGCUUUGAAAGGCCAUCUGGGUAGUAUCAAUGAAUUAAAGACCCAAGACCAGGUUUUAAGAAGUAGUUUGGAAGAAGCUCAGGCUGCGAUUCAGAGGUUAAAAGGAAAUCUGCAAAAGGCAAAUGCUCUAAACAACCAGACCCAGACCCUUGUCAAAGUCAGGUUAGACAACACCAGAGCUGAGACCCAGGAACUGAAAAGUCACUUAGAAAAGGCUGGUCCUGAAAUAAACUUGUUAAAAACAGAAUUGGCAUCUGUUACUGCACAGAUGCAAAUAGUUAACAGCCGCCUGGAGAAGGCAGAUGCUCAGGUCCAAGGGAUAAAAGCAAAACUAGAAGACACCAGUACCUUAAACUCCCAAAUUCAAUUACUAAAUAGUAAGCUGAGAAAUGCCAGCAAAGAGAUACAGACCAUACAAACAAGAAUGAAAGAUGUUUCAGCCUUAAAUUCCCAGGCCCAGAUGUUAGAGAGCAAUCUGCAGAAUACCAAUGCUGAGAUGCAGAGGUUAAAGGAGGAUUUGAAGAACACCACAGCUCUCAUUAGCAAGAUCCAGGAGGAGCAGAGUCACCUGGGAAACCUCCACGUGACUGAUGUUUUGCAGGAGCAGCUAAGGAGCCAGAGUCAACUCCUCCAGCUAGCCUUGGAAGGCUGGAAGGCCCACAAGGGAAGCUUGUAUUACUUUUCUCAAGAGAAGAAGUCUUGGCAAGAGGCUGAGAAGUUCUGUGUGUCCCAGGGAGCACACUUGGCAUCGGUGACCUCUCAGGAGGAGCAGGCCUUCGUGGUACGUUUCACAAGUCCUGCACACCACUGGAUUGGCCUCACUGACAAGGGCAGUGAGGGCUCCUGGUACUGGGUGGACGGGACACCAUUCAACAGCGCAGGGAGCAAGGGGUUUUGGGACAGAAAUCAGCCCGACAACUGGCUACAUGCGAACGGAGAGAGGGAAGACUGCGUUCAAGUUCAGAAGAAGUGGAAUGACAUAAGCUGCAGUGCGUCCUAUCCCUGGGUCUGCAAGAAGUCCAUGGGCUUGGCUGGAGCCAAGGCUGCCCAGAGCUGA